AUGGAGAGUGAGGCCAAGGGCUGUGAAGUGGUCAUGUCUGGCAAACUGAGAGGUCAGAGAGCCAAGUCCAUGAAGUUCGUGGAUGGCCUGAUGAUCCACAGUGGAGACCCAGUCAAUUACUAUGUGGAUACAGCUGUACGUCACAUCCUUCUCAGACAAGGUGUGCUGGGUAUCAAGGUGAAGAUCAUGCUUCCUUGGGACCCCAGUGGCAAGAUUGGCCCCAAGAAGCCCCUGCCUGACCACGUCAGCAUUGUGGAGCCCAAGAAGAAGAGAUCCUGCCAACUACUCCCAUCUCUGAGCAGAAAUGAACAAAGCCUGAGCAGGCCCAGCCCCCAGCCAUGCCCCAGGCUGUACCCACUGCAUAAUGGGAUGUGGAAGGCCCAGGAUGUGAUGCUUUUGGAUACCAGCUCAGAAACUCUUUAA